AUGCAUUUUGAUUCCCAGUUUUAUAGCAUUGCUCCAUACCUUUUAGUUUCCAGUAUUGCUAUAAAAAAGCCGAGUGAAGAUACACAACAGCAAAUCAUCAGGGAGACAUUCCAUUUGGUAUCUAAGAGAGAUGAAAAUGUUUGUAAUUUCUUAGAAGGAGGAUUAUUAAUUGGAGGAUCUGACAACAAACUAAUUUAUAGACAUUAUGCAACGUUAUAUUUUGUCUUCUGUGUGGAUUCUUCAGAAAGUGAACUUGGCAUUUUAGAUCUAAUUCAAGUAUUUGUGGAAACAUUAGACAAGUGUUUUGAAAAUGUAUGUGAACUGGAUUUAAUUUUCCAUGUAGACAAGGUUCACAAUAUUCUUGCAGAAAUGGUGAUGGGGGGAAUGGUAUUGGAGACCAACAUGAAUGAGAUUGUUACACAAAUUGAUGCACAAAAUAAACUGGAGAAAUCUGAGCAAAUAGUUUACACUGGCCUAUUUUGUAUCAGUCAAGAUUUUUCUCAGGCUGGCUUAGCGGGAGCUCCAGCCCGUGCUGUUUCAGCUGUAAAGAAUAUGAAUCUUCCUGAGAUCCCAAGAAAUAUUAACAUUGGUGACAUCAGUAUAAAAGUGCCAAACCUGCCCUCUUUUAAAUAAAAAAAAUUUUAAAGGCCACUCCCAGGUAAAAUCCAGGGGGGAAAGUCAUCUAAGUUUACCAUGCAGUUGUUUACCAAAAAUAGAGGAGGAGAGUCUUACCUUUUGCUCUUGGAUUUAAGUCAAGGUACUGUAUAGAAGUUGUGUAAACUCAGUAUGGCGGUUCAAUGUUGUUUUUCUUGUUCAGUGAUUUUAAAGAAAUUGAGUAGUUUCAGUGUGAUUUUUUUAAAAAUUUCUUUUCUAAACUGCAUUCCUAUGCCCACUUAAGGCAUGCUUCUAUGUAUUGGCAACAACAGUAUUUCGAAAAGUGUUUGAAACAUUUCUUUAAAUUAUGUACUACUCAAAAUGUUGCUGGAGUUUUGUAUGGAUCACAAGUAUAGCAUUCCUUAAUUCUUUCUGUUAUUUGUCACAAUUGUUAUUUAAAGAAUCAAGUAUGUAUUGCAUGAAAACAUUAUGACCUUUUCCUCUUAGUUUAAAUAAACUCCAAGGUAACUGGACUCUUAAAGCACCUUUCUGUUCGCCUGAUAUCUACGUUAGCAAUAAAUUUUUAUGACCCUCUUACUCAACAAAGUAAAUAAAAGUGUAUUUUAUCACUGUUAA